AUGGCAAGUGAAACCCAUCACAAGAAAAAUGUGUUGUUCGUCAUAGCACAUCCUGAUGAUGAGUCAAUGUUCUUUUCUCCAACGAUAAACUACUUAACUGCCAAUGCCUACAACAUUCACAUCCUAUGCUUGUCCACUGGUAACGCUGAUGGAAUGGGAAGCAUAAGGAAAGAAGAGCUGCAUCAGGCUUGUGCAGUGCUCAGGGUUCCUCUUCAACAGUUAAAGAUGGUGGACCAUCCAAAUUUACAGGAUGGCUUUGCGCAAGUAUGGAGCCAUGAUUUGUUAACAGAAAUCAUCGGUAAAGAAGUCAAUAAUCACGAUAUUCACACGAUUAUAACAUUCGAUAACUACGGUGUUUCUGGUCAUUGUAAUCACCGUGAUGUGCACCGUGGAGUAGUAACGUUCUUGCAGAGUAAUUCAGAAAGAAAUAUCAAAGCUUGGGAACUUGUAAGCCUUAACAUCUUUCGCAAGUAGUGUGGACCUAUCGACAUUUGGCUGUCAAUCUUGUCAGCCAAACUACAUGGGAGUAAGGUAAUCGUGACAAACGAGCAGCCUUUGAAAAGCUUUGAAGCAAUGGCACAACAUUUAAGCCAGUGGGUUUGGUUUAGAAAGCUUUUCGUUUCCUUCUCAAGUUAUACAUACACGAAUACACUUCAGAAAAUCAACCCUUGAGAGUCAGAUCUUUGAGAGGGGCACCUUGCUUGCGGACA